AUGAUGUUCUUCAGUUCGAUCAUUAACCCUAUUUUCAGAACAUGCCUGAAUACUUUCUCUAAAGUAGAGGCACCUUCACUUAUUUUGACGAGAAGUCUUAUGAAAACUCACAAAGGAGCUGCAAAGAGGUGGAGAAAGACUGCAACAAGCUUCAAGAGAGGCAAAGCCGGAAGAAGUCAUGGUAACGCUGGAUGGUCGCGCAGAUCUCUAAAAUCACUAAGUGGGAAGACAUUAGCACACGAAACGCACAUUAAACACUUGAAAAGAUUAAUGCCCAACUAA